AACAGCCAGGGUUCGGCUGACUUCCCUCUCACCAGGCUCGAGGUCGAAGACCAGAGACCAUGGGGCUGUGCGAGGCCACCCUGGCCCUGGGAAUGCUCCUGCUCCUGACCUUCAAGGCCCUGGCGGCCCAGACUGCCGACACCUGCCCAGAAGUGAAGGUGCUGGGGCUGGAGGCCGACAAGCUCACCAUCCUCCGGGGCUGCCCGGGGCUGCCCGGGGCCCAGGGGCCCAAGGGAGCGGCAGGCGCCGACGGCAGGAAAGGUGAACCAGGCCCAUCAGGAGUCCCUGGGAAGGCGGGACCCCCCGGGCCCAAAGGAGACCGAGGGGAGAAGGGCGCUCCUGGAGAGAAAGGAGCAUCGUGGGAACCUGAGCGAUGUGACACAGGACCCCGGAGCUGCAGGGAGAUGCUCACCAGGGGCCACCCCCUGAGCGGCUGGCACACCAUCUACCUGCCCGACUGCCGGCCGCUGACCGUGCUGUGCGACAUGGACACGGACGGCGGGGGCUGGACCGUGAUCCAGCGCAGGGUGGACGGCUCCGUGGACUUCUACCGGGACUGGGCCGCCUACAAGCAGGGCUUCUGCAGCCAGCUGGGCGAGUUCUGGCUGGGCAAUGACCACAUCCACGCCCUGACCGCCCAGGGCACCAACGAGCUCCGUGUGGACCUGGUGGACUUCCAGGGAACCCGCUACUUUGCCAAGUACCAGUCGUUCAGGGUGGGGAGCGAGGCCGAGAAGUACCAGCUGGUCGUGGGCGCCUUUGCCGGAGGCACCGCUGGUAACUCCCUGACCCAACACAACAGCUCCCUGUUCUCCACCAAAGACCGGGACAACGACGGGGCCUCUUCCAACUGUGCCAAGACUUACCAGGGCGCCUGGUGGUACUACCGCUGCCACGUGUCCAACCUGAAUGGGCGCUACCUCGGGGGCCCCCACGAGAGCUUUGCAAACGGCAUCAACUGGAAGUCGGGGAAGGGGUACAACUACAGCUACAUGGUGGCCGAGAUGAAGGUGCGGCCAGAGUAGGGCGGUCGGCCGCCCAGAGCGUCUCUCUCUGAGCAGGUCCCGCGCCCCCCAGGUCGGGCACACAAGGCCCCCACACAAAGGCAGAGCUCACCCCGGGCCCGCCCCUGGCCUGUCAGUAACCCUCAGCUUGGAGACCCCAACCGACUCCUCGCCCUUCCUCUCCCACCUGCAAGGGUGAGGGUUACCCUGACCUUGCGCACUGCACACUUCCUCAAUAAAGCUUCGCCUAGCUCCGCACGCACAC